AUGCUUCAAGCCAACAAACCCUCUGCCUCCUCUACACCUAUCAUUCUUCCAUACCAUUCAGAAACCUCUGAACCACAAGCCUUUGAACAACAAACCUCUGCACCACAAGCCUCUGAACCUCAAGACUCUGAUAAAACCACUACCAAUCCACAGUCACGUCAUCCAUCUGAUCGUGACAAUCUCUCUCCUACUCCAUCUGUAUCCUUUCCCACAAAUGUUCCAUUUUCUUCUCCAUCCAACAAGUCAGAAGCCUCUAGGAAAUUCUUUCAAAUUGCUAGAGAAAUGCUCUCUGAAAUCCCUGAGCAUUUCAUCAAUGUUCCUAGUCCUCGCCACUACCCUGGACCUAGGCCAAAACCUCUAGUUCCUCCUGAUUUCCCCAUCCAAGCAGUUCCUCUAUCCUCAAUGCCUCCUCCUCCUCCUCCUCAUCCUCCUUCUCCUCCUCAUGAGAAUGAUGAGUCAGUCUCCAACCAUUCACCAGAUAACACACAGAAUCCUGAGACUGAAACUCUUCAACCAAACCCUAAGACCAAUAACUCUGCACCUCAGACUCUGCAGAUUGGCUCUCCCUCUGAAGUUGCCAGCAGCAACCACUCCUCAUCACCUGAACCAAACCUUUCCCUUAUUCCCUACACUUACUCUAGACCAACCACCCUCCUUGACUGCAUCAAUGCAUUUAAUCAUGAAGCAUCAUUAAGGAUCAGCAACGUGCAUGGUCGCACUGACCUAAGUGCAAGUCCAGACCUGGUUGUUGAAGAAUGGUAA